AACUCACGCUCCAUUUCAUCUUCAUCAUCAUCAAAAAAUCAAGAAAUCUUGAAAUCUAAAAAUGGCCACCAGAUUGACCAUGUUGCCGGAAGACUGUGUUUCCACCAUUGUAUCUCUCACUUCUGCUGCAGAUGCAUGUAGAUUAAUGCUAGCAUCUUCUUCUUUGCAAUCGGCUGCUGAAUCCGACAUGGUUUGGAGCAGAUUCUUGCCAUUUGAUCACUCUGCUAUUUUCUCAAGAAUACACUCUCAAAUUAAUUUCUCAUCCAAAAAAGAAAUGUAUUUCAAGCUUUGUGAUUCCGUUCUCAUAGAUGGUGGAAUCAGGAGCUUUUCUUUGAAUAAAAUAAGUGGGAAAAAGUGUUUUGUUCUAUCAGCAAGAGCACUUUCCAUUUCUUUAAGUGAUGAACCAAACCAUUGGACAUGGACAAACCGUUCGUCAUCAAGAUUUUCUGAGGUGAUAGAGCUUAAAUCUAUAUCUAACAUAGAAAUCGAAGGAAGAAUAAAUACCCAAGAUUUGUCUCCUAACACGACAUAUGGAGCCUAUCUCAUCACACAAGUUUCAGAUCGUGCAUUUGGGUUGGACUCUAUUGCAUCUGAGAUAUCAGUCUCCAAGGACGAAUGCUUCGUUUCCAACACUGCGUAUUUAUGUCCUCUAGAUGAAAGAAAGAAACAGCUCGAAUCCUUAUUAUUUUUGAACCGGAGGAGAAUGAUGGAAAAGCUGGUGGUGGAAGGAGAAGGCCGACGUCCAAACAAGAGAGAGGAUGGAUGGAUGGAAAUUGAGCUUGGAGAAUUCUUUGUUGGAGAAAAAGGUGAGGAGGUGAAAAUGAAUUUAAUGGAAGUGAAGGGCCAUCAGCUAAAGGGAGGACUCAUCAUUGAAGGAAUUGAAGUUAGGCCUAAAUGUUAAGACCUUUAAUGCUUCAAGUUCUUUCAUAAUAUUUUCUAACAAAGCAUAACAAUUCUAAAUUCUUUUAAAAGACACUCCAUAAUGUAAAGGCCAUAAUAUUCUCUUUUUUUUGUGCAUAUACAUAAUUUUUUUUUUAAUGGGAAAACUAUGUAUUGCAUUGACGUAAAUAUGUGGUUAUUUA